GCCGAGGCGCUGGGCCGAGAGUUGUCGGCUGGGAAAUGGCGGCUGCUGGUGUAGUCGCUGUGGCCACCGCCGCCGAGUACUCUGGCCCCGUAGCAUCGGGAGGUAACUUCUCCGGCAAUAACAGCGGCCCAAGCUCUGGGGCGUGUCCUGGUCCCGGCCCCGGCUCAUGGAGCCGUUCCCUCGAUCGAGCCCUGGAAGAGGCGGCAGUAACCGGAGUAUUGAGCUUGAGCGGCCGGAAACUGAGGGAGUUUCCCCGUGGAGCGGCCAACCACGACCUGACGGACACCACCCGAGCUGACCUGUCACGAAAUCGCCUUUCAGAAAUUCCUAUAGAAGCAUGUCAUUUUGUUUCUCUUGAGAAUCUCAAUUUGUACCAAAAUUGUAUUAGGUAUAUCCCAGAGGCAAUUCUAAACUUACAAGCUCUAACGUUCUUAAAUAUCAGUCGGAACCAGCUAUCAACAUUGCCAGUACAUUUGUGCAAUUUACCACUGAAAGUCUUAAUUGCUAGUAAUAACAAAUUAGUCUCACUUCCUGAAGAAAUUGGACAUCUCAGACAUUUGACAGAACUUGAUGUGAGCUGCAAUGAGAUUCAAACAAUACCAUCCCAAAUUGGUAAUCUGGAGGCCUUGAGAGAUCUUAAUGUAAGAAGAAAUCACUUAGUACGUUUGCCUGAAGAGCUGGCAGAGCUGCCUUUGAUACGGUUAGACUUCUCCUGCAAUAAAAUUACAACAAUUCCAGUUUGUUACCGGAACCUCAGGCAUCUACAGAUGAUCACCCUAGAUAACAAUCCACUACAGUCUCCUCCUGCACAGAUAUGUAUAAAAGGCAAAAUCCACAUAUUUAAAUACUUGAACAUACAAGCUUGUAAGAUUGCUCCAGACCUGCCUGAUUAUGAUAGGAGACCCUUGGGUUUUGGCUCUUGCCAUGAAGAACUGUACUCAGGUCGCCCUUAUGGAGCCCUUGAUUCAGGUUUCAAUAGUGUGGACAGUGGUGAUAAGCGAUGGUCAGGAAAUGAACCUACAGAUGAAUUUUCAGAUCUGCCUCUUCGAGUAGCAGAGAUUACUAAAGAACAGAGACUACGAAGAGAGAGCCAAUACCAAGAGAAUCGCAGCAGUUUAGUGGUAACAAAUGGUGGAGUGGAACAUGAUCUGGAUCAGAUUGACUACAUCGACAGCUGUGCUGCAGAGGAGGAAGAGGAGGAGGUGAGGCAGCCCAAGGGCCUGGACUCAGACAGUCUCAGUUCACAGUUUAUGGCAUAUAUUGAACAACGACGAAUCUCUCAUGAGGGUACGCCAGUUAAGACAGUACCCAUUAGGGAGUUUCAAAAACCAGAAGAUAUAAGAAGGUUUACACAUCAAAGCAGGGUUCCAGUUGAGGCAUCUUCUCUCUUGUCAUUAUCACCAAGUCACAAUCAGCUGUCACAUACAGACUUUGAACUUCGUCGGAAAAAAGAACAAUCAGUUGAGCGUGCUCGGAGAGAGGCACAGCGUGCUGCCCUACAGUAUGAGGAGGAGAAAAUGAGGACCAAGCAGAUUCAGAGAGAUGCUGUCCUGGACUUUGUCAAGCAAAAAGCAUCACAAAGUCCACAGAAACAGCCCCCCUUAGAUGGUGAGUGCCCUUUCCCAUCCAGAAGGUCUCAGCACACUGAUGAUAGUGCCUUGUUAGUGUUGCUGUCAGGGUUGAAUCAAGUGGGUUGUGCUACCACCCUGCCUCAUUCUUCUGCCUUCAUGCCUUUUAAGAUUGAGGACAGAUCUAAUGCCUCAUCAAGUUCAUCUGCAGCAGAAACAGUUCAUCAUUCCCCUGCAUAUUCCUUUCCUGUUGCUGCUAUCCAGAGAAACCAGCCCCAACGCCCUGAAAGCUUCCUUUUCCGAGCAGCUGUCAGGGCAGAAGCAAAUAAAGGUCAUUUUUCACCCUUUCUGUCAUCUUCUGCACCUACUGCUGAUUCUACAGAUUCUAUAACAAGACAGAAUUCAAGACAGCGAGAAGAAGAGCUGGAAUUAAUAGAUCAGCUACGGAAGCAUAUUGAGUACCGGUUAAAGGUAUCUCUACCUUGUGAUCUUGGAGCGGCUCUGACUGAUGGUGUUGUCCUUUGCCAUUUGGCCAAUCACGUGCGGCCUCGAUCAGUCCCAAGCAUUCACGUUCCCUCACCAGCUGUACCUAAAUUAACAAUGGCAAAAUGCAGGCGAAAUGUGGAAAAUUUCCUAGAAGCUUGCAGAAAAAUUGGUGUACCUCAGGACAAUCUUUGUUCCCCCUCCGACAUCCUUCAGCUAAACCUCAGCGUUAAAAGAACUGUUGAAACACUACUUUCUCUUGGGGCACAUUCAGAAGAAUCCAGUUUUGUGUCUCUGUCUAUCCAACUUCUGGGUUUUGUGGCAUUUUAUUGUACAUUAAUGUUAACUCUCUGCAUGUUUUAUUACUGGAUUUUCCCCUUUAGCUGAAAGAUUGCAUUCCAGUGGCUUUUCUACUUCAUUCCUGUGCUUGGAGCAAUUAUGUUUGCCUCUCCACAUUUUAGAAGAGAAAGGUUUGAGCCAGGUUGCAGUGACGGUCCAGGCUCUCCUGGAACUUGCCCCGCCCAAGCAACAGCAGCACCAAUUAUCUGCUAUUUAAGGACUCCCCGGAACUUGGGCUUUGGCUUGGCCAAAACAAGGAUCAGGACAACGUGAUUGCUGCUGCCAGCCACCUGCUUAAACAAAGCGCUUAUGUGUUCUUAGAAGGGACUGUUCCCAUCAUUCCUGACAGGAAUGUUUUGCUUCAUUUCUCCAUUUUAGGGGAGGUUGUAUCAGUUUCCAUUGAAGUUUUGGUUUUUGGUUUUUUUUUAAUCAAAGACACUUGGUUUUCUCAAAUGAAACUU